CCACAUCGACUAAAACAAUCACAAGUUCAUUUCAGUCAACCUUUGUUUUUUUCAAGCUCCAAUGGCAUCUUCUUCGCCCUCUCAAUACCUUGAAUCCCUCUUAGACACCGUACGUCCAUUCCUUCGAGGCGAUCUCGAAUCCGUAGAUGGAAACUUACCUUCGUUUCUCGCCGUCUUACGUUCUGCCGGCGCCGGCGAGUGUUCCCACCAACACGGCAGCUUUUUACAGCAUUUGCUCGACGUAUAUCGCAUCCUAAAGAUAUGGAAAGCACCUCGCAGUGUUUGCCUUUGCGGCCUCUUCCACGGGGCUUACUCCAACGCCUAUGUGAACCUCGCUAUCUUCGAUGCCUCGACCAGCCGCGACGUCGUUCGAGGCCAUGUCGGCGAGGUCGUGGAGCGGUUGAUUCACUUGUUUCGUGUUAUCCCUCGACAAAAAUUUAUCCAUGAUGAUCUUUUGUUCAAGUACACAGAUUCUGAACUAGUCGAACACCUUAAAGCAUCCGAGAUUUCGUUGAAGAACGCAAAGGAAAAGGGUUUGUUCGAUAAAGAUGAACUAUGGAGGAAGAAACUUGAAGCACUUGUGCCUAAGAAUGGGAUUGUGAUGAAGAUCAUAAAGAGUGGUGAAGAAGUUUUGGUUGCCAGAGAAGUGAUGUGUGUUUUUCUUUUGAUGAGCAUGGCGGAUUACAGUGAGCAAUUCUUUGGUUACCAUGAUCAGUUGUUUGAUAACUUUGAUGGGAAGUUCAGGUUUUUAGGGGACAACUAUGAUGCUUUGUUGCCUGGUGAUGGCAAGCCGGGACUGUGGAUGAGCUCGAUAUCGAAAAUGGGUGCUACUUAUACUCUAAUUCUUCGAGACGAGGCUAUAAUUUUGGAAGAGAAAAAAAGGGUUAAUGGUGAAAACAUUGAGGAAGUCAUUGAUGAGGGUCUUGACCUAGUGGUGCCACCAGUUUUUGACAACUGCACUAAGGUAUUGGGUGCUAAAGAGCAAGUGGAGGCAAGGGACUUGUAUUGGGAAGCCAUUUGUGGUGGGGGUGGAAGAGCUGAGGAGUUGUUGUUAGGGUGCUGUGAGAGGAACCCAUUUGUGGGUGAGCCACAUGUGGUGUUGGCUCAGGUUUAUUUGAACCAAGGGAGAUUUGAGGAGGCUGAAAAAGAGGCAGAGAGAGGGGUGACAUUGAUGUUGGAAUGGGGAAGUCCUUGGGACAAUAGAAUGUCAUGGGAAGGAUGGGUUGCUUGGGGUAGAGUUUUGUUGCUUAGGGCCAAGGAAAAAUCUUGGCCCCAUAGUGCUUGGGGUGUUCUCAGUCUUGGGCUUGUGAGGUAACUAGCAAUUGCAUAUUUCAGGCUUUCUUCUUCUUUCUUUGUAGUUACUUUAAACUCUAUCUCGUAAAUUGUAGAUUUGGUUAUUAUAAUUUAAUUUGAUUAAUUUUAAUUUUA